AUGACCGCGGUAGCAUCGAACAUCGUUUUUGACGAUAUCUUCACCAUCAAUGCCAUAGAUAAAGAAGGGAAGAAAUUUGACAGAGUCUCACGGCUUUAUGCCCAUUCUAAAAACUACGACAUGGACCUCACGCUAGAUUACAACGUAGAGCUCUUUCCAUUGCGUGAAGAACAGAACUUUGCCCUUGCUUUGUCUUCAUCGUUGGCCCGCGGAGAAGGACCUGCAAACACAGGUGCCGAGGAUGGAGGCGACAAAGAUCUCGAUGUUUGGAGACCAGAUGGCAAAGGACGGAGAGGUCUUGAAGAAGAUUACGACUAUGUGAUGUACGGCAAGGUCUAUAAAUUUGACGGCGGAACCAGCGAAGUUGUUACUGCCUACAUAUCAUUCGGCGGCCUGCUAAUGUCGUUGACCGGUUCAUUUCGACAUAUGACAAGCAUUGUUUUGGGUGAUCCUGUAUAUCUGCUCAUGCGCAAAUGA